UCUCUCUCUCAAACCCCAAAAACAACGACUCUCUUUCUUUCACAACUCGUUUGUUUCAGACUAAAUCAGCCAUACAUUUCUGGGUUGAACUGUUCUUCCCUAACAAUUAAGCUUUUCUUCUCUCAUCUUCACACGCACACACACACGUAUAAACAUAAUUUGGGUUUCUGCAAUGUCUGAUCAGUCAAAAGUUCGAUUGGUUCGUUGCCCAAAGUGCGAAAAUCUCCUUCCAGAGCUCGCAGAUUACUCUGUUUAUCAGUGCGGUGGUUGCGGUGCUGUUCUUCGAGCGAAAAAUAAAAAUGUUGAGGCGGAUACAUUGUCAGAAAAGUCUGAAGAAGAAAGGGUUGAAGGUGUUUCUGUGAAAUUUUCCGAGAAAUCAGACAAUUUAAAAUUUUCCGAGAAAGGGAUGAUGGACUUGAGUGAUGGGUCUGAGAAUGGUGUUAAAUCCAGUGGUAUUUCUUCUAGAAGAACUCAUAAGAGAAUGGUUUUGAGUAAUGAUCUCGAGGUGAAUGAGAAAAUAGAUGAAUCUAGUAAUGCUGAAAUGAGUAAACAAUUUGAGGAAUCAAAACCCCCAAAUGGGAUUGCAUUUAGGUCACGAAGAUCAGAACGGGUUUCUGAUUGGAGGAGCGGGGAGGGAGGUGGGAGCGAGGGGUUUUGGAGAAACCCUAGGAGGGAUGUUGAAGCCGGUCCUUCGAAUUAUCAUUUUAGGUCUAGUUAUGGGUAUGGAGAACUUGGUUCAUCUUUUUCAUCAGCAUCACUAUCUUGCAACUGUAGAUUGAAGAAGAUUUCGAAUCCAGGAACACACUGCUUCGCAGAAUUCAUCCAGGGUUCGGGAAAGCCACAAAAUGAGAAGUCUUUUGCCUCCCGGACAAAGUAG